GAAACGGAUGAAAAGAGAACGGACGUAUACCCUAUACAACCUUUCACAUACACAAUUUACUAUUAUAUCAAAUGUAUAAGUGUGUGCACCAGAUAAAAACGUAAUGUAUUUUUGCACUGUGACUACACUAUCUAUAUUACAUGUAGUAUGUGUUGAUAUUUAAACUAGUGAACUACUUAAAUUGACACUGGUUAUAAAUAGUUUUUAAUUGCAAUGGAAAUCCGUCUAGAUGGAAAAACAGCCUUGGUUACAGGUUCUGGGAGAGGUAUUGGUCGUGCCAUUGCAAAACGACUAGUGGAAUGCGGUGCUAAAACAUAUGCUCUGAGUAUACUCAAAGAUGAGCUGGACAGUCUGAAGGAAGAGGUUCCUGAAAUUCUUACAUUACAAGUAGAUUUGCGGGACUGGAAAAAGACGCGAGAAGAAAUAGAAAAACUAGAGGCUAUCGAUUUAUUGGUUAACAAUGCUGGUGUGUGUAAAAUGAACAAUUUUCUUACUGCACCACAGGGUGAACUAACUGAAAUGAUGGAUGUUAAUUUUAAUGCCGGGUUCAACGUUUCGCAGGUUGUUGCAAAAAUGAUGAUCGAGAAAAACAUCAGUGGGAGCAUUGUCUUCAUUUCAAGUUUGUGUUCGACGUUUGCAAUGGAAAAACUGAGUAUUUACAGUUGCACAAAGUCCGCAUUAGACAUGUUAACAAAAUGCAUGGCACUCGAACUUGGACCUCACAAGAUUAGAGUUAACUCCGUAAAUCCAACGGUUGUUUGGACUGAAAUGACCUUGAAAAUCAAGGACCAUAUUAACAGCAUGCCCAAUUUAUCACUAACGCCACUCGGAAAAUUUGCUGACAGAGAAGAUAUAGUAAACACUGUAUUGUUUCUUUUGAGUGAUAAAAGUGGAAUGAUACAUGGAGAAUCUAUUCGUAUUGACGGUGGAUUGGGCGUACAUUGAUGUUAACGUCUUUAUUUAUUUGCGCUUUUGAUGUAUAGCAAAAUUGAAAAACAUUGACAAUAUUAUGAAUAUAUCCUAUAUCGGUUUUUAUUCGUAUUACAUUAAAAAAUAACCAGUACCUUUUACUUUUGAAGUAUUUUUUUUUAGGAUUUUGUGCAUUAAAAAAAGUAAUAAUGAGUAAAGAAGAGAAUAACAAUAUUUUGUAGCAAAAAUCGCUGUCUUUUGUCUUAAUUUAUGAUUUUUUGAAGAACGUACAAUGACUUAUAAUAGUUGUUUAUCUUUGGUUCUUUGGUUUCUGGUUGAUAGUUGUCUCAUAUGCAAUCAUAACACAUCUUCUAAUUUUAUAUCAAAUACGAAUUAUAACAACAUUUCAAGAUCAGUACCAUGGAAAAUGCGUCACGAAGAGCAGCAACUGGUUACCAUUCCCGAAUUCCGGUGGCCAAUAGGGCACUAUCUACUCAUAAACUCCUAGGAUGAAAUGCAUUAUCUUGCAAGCGACCUUUUUAAUAAACAAAACGCAUGUAUACUGAUAAAACAAAGUACUUAACUAUUCUUUUUGUAUAUGUUUAUGAUGUCCUGAUAUUUUGCUUCUGUUGCGAGCGUAUGGUUACAUUCAAAUGGCUGUUAACGUCACAGUUCAAUUUGGGGUCAUCAAUGCGGUUCACGUAUAUUGUCGAUUUUAGUCAAAAAGGUAUUUAAUGACACGGAAGUUAAAGGACGUUACGUUUAAGCGUAAAUGUUAAAUUGCAGUAUAACAACACUAUUUGUGCAUUGUUAGAAAAUGUAAAAUGUAUUUUUACUUGUAACGAAACAGGAGAAAAGAUUGACGAGCCUCGUUUGCAUCAAACAUUUUUAAUAAAUGAACAUUCUCGUGUGACCAAACGACGGUUAACGUGGACGUUUUUACCCCGAGGAAUCUGUAGUAAAAUAUCAAUGUUGCAGGUGUAAAAUUUUGAACGAAUGGGGUACGAGGUAGUCAUGACAUUUUUAUUAUUUAAUUUCACAACAACAAAAAAGUAAAAUACAGUAAAAAAUACAAAAAUGAAUUCAGGUACAAAAAAAAAGCCAAAACAAAUUUUAAUAAUACAAAAAUUAUUCUUCCCAAUAUCCGGGAUUGAAAUUCCUAAUAUAUCAUGUAAUUAACAAAAUGCGCUUCCAAACUUUCAACCUUCCCCAAUUAGAUAAAAUAAAUCAUAAGGUUAUCUCUGUCCAGUAACAUAAAUGUGCAAUAAGCUUUAGAAGCUCAUAUGGACUCAAUUCACAAACGAUAUGAUUUCCGUGGUCUUUGAUCUUCAAAUCCCAGCAUAGUUGUUUUACCUGUAGAUUUAACGAUUUAUUCCUAGUACCGAUUGCAUGUUUCCUUUGGAUGGAGUAUUCGAAUGAACGGUUAAGCAUAGGCACUGUGAUGUAUAUAUAACAUUUGACAGUGUUUUAAGAACUGGAUUAUGGCAAAAACUACAUCUUAGUGAAAUCAAGGGGAAAUGUUUCAAAGUUAUCUUUAAUAUGUAUCAAGGUAUUAAAUCUUGUGUUCAAUAUAAUGGUGAACAAUCAGAAUUUUUUCCAUGUCUGAUUGGUGUUAGGCAAGGGGAAAACUUGUCUCCUUUUUUAUUUUCUAUUUUCUUGAACGAUUUGGAACAAUAUUUUAGAAAUUUAGAUGGUAUUCCUUUAGAACUUUUAAAGGAAAAAUUUGAAAACGAACUUCAUAUAUUUUUUGAAUUGUUCGUAAUUCUGUAUGCUGAUGAUACAGUAAUCUUUUCAGAAACUAAAGAAGGCUUGCAACAUUCCUUAUAUAUUUUCCAGUUGUACUGUGAAAAUUGGAAAUUGAAGGUGAAUGUUAAGAAAACCAAAGUUAUGGUAUUUAGCAAGAGGAAAACUAAACAAAAUCUGAAAUUUACACUGCAGAAUGAUUUACUUGAAAUUGUUGAUACAUAUUCGUAAUUGGGUGUCAUUUUUAAAUAUAAUGGUACAUUUUUUGAUACCAAAAAGAAACUUGUAGAUCAAGCCCAAAAGGCACUGUUUUAUAUUUACAAAAUUAUACGGAAUGAAUCUUUACCAAUUGAUCUACAAUUUAAACUCUUUGAUUCUAUGAUAGAACCUAUCUUACUGUAUGGUUCUGAAGUUUGGGGCUUUGAAAACCUGAAAAUUAUCGAAAAAACUCACUUGAAAUUCUGCAAAAGGGCGCUGAAAGUUAGAAACACUACGCCUAAUUUUAUGGUGUACGGAUAAUUGGGUAGAUUUCCUCUUGAAAUAAAGGUGAAAAUUAGAAUGAUUAUAUAUUGGUGUAAAAUUGUAAAUAAUGAAUCAAAACUAUGCAGUUUAUUGUAUAGACUGAUGCUUGGUUUAAGGCCUAAAUCUAAAUACACCUUUAAAUGGGUAAAUUGUAUAGAAGCAAUAUUAAACGAUACUGGCAUUGGAUAUAUUUUUGCCAAUCAAACAGGCUACUGUGAUAAAAUGUACUUAAAACAGAUACUUUGUGAUCAAUUUGUACAACAGUGGUUUAAUUAGUAAUAUUGAAAAUUCGUCACGAGGUCAAUUCUACUCAAUAUUAAAACAAGAUUUUACUUUAGAAACAUAUCUGCUAAAACUUCCCGAAUAUUAUAGGCUUUGGAUCACACACUUUAGGUGUUCAAAUCUGCGUCUGCCAAUAGAAACAGGCAAAUGGCAAAAUAUCCCGAGGCAUGAUAGAAUAUGUACUUUGUGUAAGAGUAAUAUUGGUGAUGAAUUUCAUUUGCUAUUUAAGUGUACUUAUCAAAAUAUUGUUGUAUUAAAGGAAAAGUUUCUGCCAAGCUAUUACACAGUGAAGCCUAAUUAUAAAAAAAAUGGAAGGUCUCCUUUCAAUAUGUAAUGUACAACUGUAUAAACGUCUUUCUGUAUUUAUCAAAAACAUUGCAAAUAUGUUCUGAAAAUGUUAAAAAAAAACAUGUUGUAUGUUAUUGUUAUAUCUUUAUACUAUGUCAUUGAUACCACAUAAUUACUUCGUCAUGUUUAUAUAAUGCUAUUAUGUAUGACCUCAUGUUACACAUGUAUCUGUGUCUGAGUGUUCAAAUAAAAUCUUGAAAAUCUUGAA